ACGUCAACUCAAAACAUGGCAUGAAGAUGUCGCAAGCCCAGCGCUGUUUCGCGUGCCGCUGAUGUUAUGAGCUGGAGUCAUGCCUUUUGGCUGACACUGGCAGCAGGUGCUGUGUUGACGUGCGCAGACACAGCAUGCCAAUCAUACGUGGGUGAUGAUCUGCCGGAGCUGCGCGUGUCGUUGCUACAGAGCUCGGUGAAGACCACCAGGAGCUCUGUGCUCACCGAUGCCGCUGCGGAAGGGAAAUACCGGGGAGCCGUCUACUGCGGUGCAUGCUGCCUACUCUUGGCCGGUGGAUUACGCUUCGUGGUCACUGAGAAAGGGGCAGCCAGCUUGCCGGAGCUCUCUUUGAUCCUGACCUUUGUUUUUUGGAUGUCUUGGUUCCAGUACUUUUCUGGAGAUCCCUUCGAUGCCUUCGUAGAGAGCAACACCCGGUGUCCCUGGCCGCAACCAUUGGCCGGCCAUUGCCCCAGUGGCUCCAGAUUUGAGCAAGGUGUUUGUGUCGCGGCAGACCGGUGGAGCCCGGACUGGUCUUUGUCAGUGCAUUGCGCGCAAAAGAACCAUGUGCUCAGCGAAGCAGCGCGUAUCAACGGUAUCAAUUCCUCAACCUCCAGUGGCAUUGGGAUGAUUACCGUGCUUCUGGCUGGAGCCUACAUGGAUAGGAUGGGCCGAAGGCCUGUGAUUCGCUUCUUUCUUUUGAUGAGUAUCAUGGUGAAAUUGCUGUUGACACUCUCCUGCUUCCUGAACUGGUCAUCCUUUGUCGUGAUCAUCAUUGUGCAGAAUAUCUUCGAAGUGAUGAGUGCUUCACCAAUGUACCCAGCCUUGAACUGCAUGAUUUCAGACCUCACCCGGGAAGACGCUCAGACACGAGGUGAUUGUUUUAGCGCUUUAGAGAUGGCAAAGAACAUGGCCAGUCUCCUGGCAUUGCUCAGCGGCUAUCCAGUGCUACGGGCACAUCUCACCAACUACUUUCCGUUUUGGUCUUCUCUAGCAGCCAUGGCUCUUUUGGCCACCACCUACUUUUGGAAUAUCCCAGAGACGCUGCACCACGAGGGGUCUGAGAAGUCUGACGGUGAAAGACACCGGCUAUGGCGAUCCUUAGUGGAAGGACUGCAGUGUUGCGUCAAAGAUCGCUUUCUGGGUCAAUAUCUGGUGAUUUGGGCCACCAUUACCUUGGCCGUCAAUGGUGCUUGGGGGUUGUCCACCAUGUACCUCCAAUCCUUUCUCGGUAUGGAACAGGCCAAUGCCUCCAUUUGCCGCGCUGUUUGGUUCUUUGCUCUGCUGCUGGGUGCUGGAAGCAGUGGCCCCUUGAUGCGUCGAGGCGGCGUCCACGUGGUGCACGGCGCAUCGCUGCUGGCCAUGUCCAUCUCCUGGGCUCUCUGUGGCCUGGGGCCUGUCUUCCCGGCGUAUGCGGCGCAUCUCUUUUGGGUCUUUGGGGUGGGGAGCUUUGGCGUGGCCUUCGGCGUCUUGUCGCCCUGCUUCGCCUCGCUGAUCAGCGCUCACGCGCCGCCGGAGUGCACCGGGCAGGUCUUCGGCCUCGCCAUUGUGGUCGGAACUUUGUUGGGCAUGCCUCUGGGGCCACUCUGGAGCCAGGUGUUCUUCAACCCCUCCGCAAGCGACCUCCACGCCACGCUACCCUGGUUGGUGUCCAGCGCUCUAUUGGGACUCAUGGCGGUGUGGUUUUCCAUCAUCUCAGCGCUACGCUAACGGACUGAGAAGAAAAAGUCCGCUGAGGGGAUCUCGGUUAUGUCUUCCAUACAGUGCCGGUAGAGGCUGCUUUUCUAUGGCCAAUUUGUCGGUUCAAAC